UGGUGCCUAAUAUGUAACAAGUGAUCCGUAUGUGAGGGUGCAAUAUGGAAACUUGAAGAGACGAACAAAGGUUAUGUACAAAACGUUGAACCCUAAGUGGCAUCAAACGUUGGAAUUCCCUGACGACGGCAGUCCUUUAGAGUUGCAUGUCAAAGACCACAACGCGUUGCUACCAACAUCGAGCAUAGGUGAUUGUGUUGUAGAAUACCAGAGACUGCCUCCAAAUGAAAUGGCCGACAAGUGGAUACCACUACAAGGAGUCAAAAGGGGAGAGAUUCAUGUUCAGGUUACGAGAAAAGUUCCGGAACUAGAGAAAAGACCGGGUCUGGACCCUGAACCAUCCUUAACAAAAGCUCCUCAAAUAUCAAGCCAGAUGAAACAAAUGAUGAUCAAGCUUCAAUCUUUAAUUGAAGAUAGCAACCCCGAAGGGAAGUCAGCUCCGUUGAGCGAACUCGAAACUCUUCAAGAUAUGCAAGAAGAAUACAUGGUACAGCUUGAAACCGAGCAGAUGCUUCUACUGAACAAGAUAAAGGAGCUUGGUCAGGAGAUUUUGAACUCAUCCCCUCCUCUAAGCUGAAGAUCUUCUCGAAGUUGAAGCGAUUCUUUACAUUCUGAUAUCACACGUUAAGAUGAUCGUUCUACCAAGAUUGUUUCGCUUGCCCCGGAAAUGCUUACAGAAAAAAGAUCAUGUACAUCACACGCGGCACAAUAAUGAUCAACAGAAUAGGCAUCACUGCUUCAUAGAUUUGGCUGAUUGAUAGUACUUGCAUUGCUUUU